UCUCCUUGUUCGGCGUUCUCCCUCCGACCCCCCCCCCCGCUUUCCUCUUCGGGCGGGGUGUUCGGCGCAGUCCGGAAGCGCUCGGGAAAGUUCGGAAGCGCGUUUAAAGCGGAGCGCUCUGCUGAGGCAGAAGCGCGGGAGGGCAAGGGAUAAAGAGGCUCGGCGAGGAGCGGGCGUCGGUGCCGGGGGCUCGCGGGCGGCGCUGCUACUCGGGUUGGGAGGCGAGGGCGGCGGCGGCGUCUCCGUCUCCGUCAUGUUAACCGACAGUUUGGUGGAGGAGUUCGAGAUCCGCGAAGAUGAGCCGUGGUACGACCAGCAGGACCUGCAGCAAGAUCUCCAUCUUGCUGCUGAGCUUGGGAAGACGCUCUUGGAUCGGAACACAGAGUUGGAGACAUCCCUGCAGCAGAUGUAUUCCACCAAUCAAGAGCAACUGCAGGAGAUAGAGUAUCUUACAAAGCAGGUGGAACUUCUGCGUCAAAUGAAUGAUCAACAUGCCAAAGUUUACGAACAGCUUGAUGUCACUGCCAGAGAACUGGAGGAUGCUAAUCAAAAGCUAGUUUUUGACAGUAGAGCCUCACAGCAAAAGAUAAUAAGCCUUACUGAGACUAUUGAAAGUCUUCAAGCACAUAUUGAUGAUCUCCAGAGACAAGUGGAAGAGUUGAAGAAUUCUGGGCAAGGGUACGCGAAUCGUGAACGGUGUGAGCAUCCAAGAUCUGUUCAUAGUUUUGCAUGUCUGAAGGAAUUGUAUGACCUUCGCCAGUAUUUUGUACACGACCAUGUUUUUGCGGAAAAAAUUACUUCUGUGGAUAGCCAGCUGAGUCCUCUGGAGGAAGAAAACCAGAGCUUAAAAAAGGCAAUGACUCUUUUGCAAGCACAGCUCAGCAUGGAAAAAGAGAAGAGGACGACGAUGGAGGAAGAGUACCGUCUCAUGCUGAAGGAGAACUGUGAUCUUGAGCAGAGGUUGGUGGAUAUCAAUCUAUACCGAGCCAGAGCUGAAGAGCUUGAGUUUGAAGUGGCUGAAAUGAAGCAGAUAUUUCAGUCUGAAAGCACCUUUGCUAAUGGGGUGGAAAAGCUAGUUCCAGAGUCUUUUUUUAUUUCCUUCAAAGAUUCUUUAGAGAGAGAGCUGAGUCAGAGCCCUUCAGAUUGGAGCUCUUCCGAUGGGGUUCUUUUAACUGUCCCAGAACCCGACAGAAGAGCACUCAAAAGAAGCACCAGCGAGACCUUCCUUGGCAGUGUUGCAGGUGGGGAUCUUCUAAUAAAGGGCCAUGAAGAAACCUGUAUCCGGCGGGCAGAGGCUGUAAAGCAAAGGGGCAUCUCUCUGCUUAAUGAGGUUGAUGCACAGUAUAACGCUUUGAAGGUCAAGUAUGAAGAACUCCUGAAGAAGUGUCAACUAGACGAGGAGUCAUUGAAACAUAAAGCUGUACAAACUUCUAAACAGUAUUCCAAAGAUGUCAGAGUGGGGAAUAAAUCCUUGGACAUGUGUGUUGGAGAAGCUGAACCCACAAAUGCUGACCCAGACCCAGCCAGCUUGCCUUCAAACCCUCCACCCGAAUACAAGCUUCUCUUUAAGGAAAUCUUUAGUUGUAUCAAGAAAACCAAACAGGAAAUAGAUGAACACCGAGCAAAGUAUAAAUCCUUUCCUUCUCAGCCUUAACAAACUUUCUGAACAUCACUACUACCUUAGAAAACCAUUGUUCUUGAAGUAGCUGUCUGAAUGUUUCAUUUGAAACACUGCUGCAUGUCUGUUCUGCUAGGGUAUAUGUAGGUUGACUUCUUUAAACUUGUAGGAUGGGUUGGGUCCACUUGAUUUGGUGUGUGUGUGUGUGUGUGUAUGACACGGUUGUUGCCACCAAAUGAUAAACUGAUUUGCUCCGGACAUUGCAGAUUAUGCUAAAUUGGCAAAUGAAACGGUUAGGUGACUCUGCUAACUGCACUUAAUGCCUGGUAAUAAAAGUUGUAUUUUGGAGAAUUGGAAACCACCCAGGGGCAGCAUAUAGAGUUGUCACUCAUGGAGGUCUACUUUUUGGAUUCUUUCUGCGGUCCUGUGUUGGAAAAUAGAAAUUCUUCUGUAGUGUUGUGUUUAUCUUCAACAAUGGCAAUUUGGCCAUUAAACAUGGUAUGAAAUUAAAUUGCAAGUCUGGUACGUUUUUAAAAAGCAACCUCCUUGCAUUUAAUAUUUGACUCCAAAGAUUUAUUUGCUUUUGUCAGACCUAUAAUUUAAAGUAAUAAAUUUAACAAGAAACGUCAUGCAGAGAUCCAUCACUAGUUUAAUUUGCUUGAUUAGAUGGACGUUGGUUCUUCUGGAAAUAAAGUAUAUGGCUGCUGUCUUGAAAAGAAAUUGUUGCUAUAGGUAUGAUUGGAACAGAGAAGUGGCCAUUGCUGAGUGUGCUACUUUUGAGUAACAAGUGUUCUGUAUGUAUCCAUUCUGUGUGUAUGCUAGUUCGAAUUGCUCCUGGAGGCAGGCAAUCUUUUGGUGUCUAGUUGGGAGUUUCGGAAGCUUUCAUCCCCUGAAAAGAUGAGCAAAGAUUGCUUCCACUGUUCUGUGAAAUAUAGGCAGUCUUUUUCGCUGAACAUCUUAAAUAGGUCCGGCUAUUCUAUCGGCAGGAUUUCUCACUGUAUAAACAUUAAGUACUUUGAACUAAAUAAGGCUUGAGCUGAAUGCUAGCUUUGUAUGACGUAGAUUAUAAUGUCACAUCAAAGGGAAAAUGCCAGAGAAUGUUUUAUGCAGGACCUUUAUUUCACAUGAAUUGGCAGUUUAAGCUUCUGUUCCUGGAUCUUUCACCUCUACUGCAUACCUAGUUUAAGACUAAACUGGUAAGAUUUUGAGCAUUAAUGCUUUGAGUAUCAGCUGGGCCCCAUCAUAGCUGCCUGAACCAGUGACCAUGCCUCUUAUGCGUGGAGUUGUCAUUGGAGUAGCAAAUGUUCUGUAUGUAAAAGGGACUAUGGUGUGAUAGGGGGGUAUAUUUGAGGUAUAUUUAAUGUAUAGUGUUCUUAUGGCAGAAGGUUAUGGGUUCAACACACUGUUCUGCUAAUAAUGGCAUUUGUUGCCAAGACCACGUGCAUGUAAUUGUUCACUUGUCUUAAGAAUACUGUAUUUAACAUGGAGGAUGGCUGCAUGUAGCCUAGAAAACCUUGAACAAGAUGUAAAAGGAAUAGGUAGGUGUCACUAUGCAUAAUUUUCUAGGCUGUACAAAACUGUUCCCAAAAGAACCUUCUGCGAUUGCAAGUUGAACUUGAAAGCAAAUCAUCUUAUCGCAGUGCUUUUAAAUUACUGAGCACAUAGCUCUAAGAACAGGCCUCUGUUCCCUAAAGUUGCUCAGUAACGGAGCUGAGGAUUUAGAAGGGUUUACCAGUUAACCAGUACUGUAUAAGAUGACAUGUUUUUUCAAGGGUAAAAUGUACUGUACCUGUCAACAGUAGUGAUAUGAUGACAUUACUAGUUAAACUGAACAUGUGCGGCUUAAGGGAUAUCGCAGCUUUAAUUUGGUUUCUGCUAUUGCAAACAUCUCUGCCUUAUGUACAGUGUAAAAUGGGAAUGGCUUCUUGUUCUUGAAUUACAUAUUUUUCCUGGAUAUGGAAACACUCCACCAAACUGUGUAUUUAAGCUUAUUUAAAGAUUUGUAAGCUACUCUGAAUUUUUUUUAAUCCCAUCACAAAUAAAUCCCUUCAACAAAUAAGCUUCUGAUGU